AUGAUCGAUUCGAAUUCGGCGUCGUUUAGAAUGGGAAAAGAAAUUGAAAAUGAAUUUAAAACCGAAAUUGAUGAAGAUUUGGUUAGAAAAGCCGAAACGGUUGCCGAUGAAGAUUUAAUUAAAGGUUUAAAUAUGAUAAUUAAAAAUAACGAAACGUUGGAAAAUGUUAUGAAAGAAGAAGGAAUCGUGGAAAUUCCAUAA